AUGUCGGGGGCGGAGGUGAUCGCGGUUGUAGCCUGUGUGGCAGCUAUCGUCUCCGCCUACAGCGAUGGAUCGCGCAUGUUCACCGCCAUUAGGAAGAAAUACCAUGAAAGACGACGAGUACCAGAUCAGUCCACUCGGGACUUGGAAUGGUCGCUCGCACGCGGCCACCAUGAUAUUUUGUCACAGUAUAAUCAGCAUCAGCAAGAGCUCGGCCGGCGGUACGAGGAAGGUGACUAUAUCGCCCGUGAGCAGAUGAAAGAUAUCAUAAUCACCCUCCAGGGUGCGUUGCUGCGACAUCUCCGCGAGGCGCAGGAGCAAGGCACCACCUUGGACCUGAUGGCAUUGCAGAUCGAGUCCGAACAGGGACGUGUUCGCACUCUUGUCAUUCUGGGGGACUUGUACCACCGUUUGGCGAGGCCAUCACCUGUUCCGCCACCUUUCGCGAUGUCCAUCGAUCCCACGUAUCGAAGAGUAGAGUCAUUCGACCGUGGGUAUUACCCUCACAAUCCAGAUGGAUUCUUGCCAUCCCCGACGCCGGAGAUAAGAUAUUCUUCUGCCUCAUAUCCCACCCUACCACAUGGUUUCAUACGGGAAGAGCUAUGCGCCUCGCCCACAGAAACGCUGGGGUCGCCCAGAGAGUUUGAGGCACCGAGCCCAAAGACUCGCCGACGAUCAUCGGGUUUGGGGUCUGUCGUGAGCAGUAUGGGUGAUCUUCUUCAUUCCCGCUCGCGCCACGGGAGUACACCGUCAGUUGCUUCAUCAGCGCCCGAGUCCGGAUUCUCCUCACACCCAGGAGGAAACAAUCCCCGGCCGCCGUCGACGCCGGAGACAAUCCCCGAACUUGAUGUCAGACCAGCCACUCCCCCACGUAAACCAAAGUCGCAAUCGAAUCCGAUAGCUCACGACGACUUGUGGGGGAACCCCUGGAAUCAAGAAUAUGACACAGACUCCGGACCUGACGAUAUCAUCACCCGCCCUGAGAUUAAAGAAAAACCAAACGGUUACCUGUCACCCAUCUCCGCGCCCCUCUCGCCGCCCCUCUCGACGCCCAUCCAACCUCGGCACAACUCUCUCUCCGCGCCCUCUAUCGCCUCAACAGACUCAACUCACUCAAAUCCUUCCACUAGCAGCAGCACUGAGCCACCCAACAAAGCAGUCAGACCUCUGUGGCCGCCUAGCAAGGCGAACAACUACCUCGGCUUUUGCAAAGGGGCCUGGAAAGUGCACGCCGGGUUCCGGGGGUUCAAGAUUUACUCCGAGCCCGGAACGGGGUAUUAUACCCAGCGGUCGUGGCUACGGUGUGCCAAGUGUGCGUUCGAAGGACCAAUGGCCCCCAAGACUUCCAGCCGCAACCCGCAAUUUGAUGACAGUGUUCGUACGCAUAAACGUAGCGGCGUGCGUUAUCGUUUCGAGUUCUUGGCAAAAUCACACGUGCCAUGUAAGCGGAGCUCGGGGACACAGUUUACCCCUAAUACUCCCCACGGGGCGUUUUGCUGUGUCUUUUGCUGUGCGAUGGCGCAAGGCUCCACGCAGGUUUAUGGCAAUUUAGAUACCUUCAUGGCACAUUUGGCAGAAACACACUGGAAGGUUGAGGGUAAUACACUAGCGGUCUUACCAAAUACCCGAUGUGUGGUUGGGAGAAUGGCACUGGAUUCGGAGUACUUUGACGUGAACAUUCUGCCGAUGCGGCUGAUGUCUUAG